AUGUCCGACCUCCGACAUGCCGACGUGACAAGUGUCGACGAUCACCACCCUGGCGGCGCGAGGGAUGACCUCAGCGUGACCAGUGUACCGAUCGAUGCGCGGGACGAGAAGGAAGUCCUUGAGGUCGUACCCGACGACGCGGCGCUGUUCGCGAGUCCCCUCCCGAUCACUGGCGAGCGGAAGACGACAACGCGAACCGAGCUUUGGAACCUCCUCUAUCUUGCGGGAGCGGACCCGGCGACUGGGGCAGCGUGUGGUGACGGCGCCUACGGCUCGACACGCAGCGUGAACUCGAUUGUGCUGAUCACGAAUGGGAUCAGUUUCGCGCUCCAGGCCGCCCUCUUCCUCAUCAUGGGCAGUAUGGCGGACUAUGGCUCCUGGCGCCCUCACAUCACGACGUUCUUCACGCUCCUGGCGUGGGGUGUCAGCUUUGGCUGGCUCGGCGUCAUGGACCCGAGCAAGUGGCAGGCCGGCACGGCGCUGUACAUCCUCGGCUUGAUCGGGUAUCAGGGCGCUCUCACGUUCUGGGCUGCCGCUUUCCCGGGACUGGCGAGGGACCUGCCUGAGAUGCAGCGGAGUGAGGUUGAGUUGAAGGAGGGACAGAUCGACACUGCCGAGUUCGAUAAGCGUGACAUGCUGGCACGCAACCGUCUCGCAAACUACAGACCGGGCCACCGCCUACCGCCGCACACGUCCUACCUCACUGCAGGCGUGAAGCAGAUCUACCACGCGUUCCGGCUCUGUUUCCGCCUGAAGCAGACCUUCAUCUACCUCGCGGCAUACUUCUUCCUGGGCGACUGCCUGAAUACGCUUGUGACCGUCAUUGCGACACUGCAGAACGAGGUCGCGUCGUUCGACUCCAAGACGCUCAACUACCUGCUCAUCGACGGAAUAGCGGCCCAGGCCGCGGGUAUCCUGAUCUGCUGGCUGAUCCAGAAGCACUUUGUGAUCAGAACGAAGUGGAUGCUGGUCGCGAACGGCGUGUUCAUCCUCAUUCUCGCGGCAUGGGGAUGCGUCGGCAUCACGCAGUCCAAGUUUGGUUUCCACAAUGUCUGGGAGUUCUGGCUCUAUCAGGGUGCGUUGGAGCUCAUCCAAGGUGUCUUCGUAGCUAAUGUGCAGCCUACUACGGAGUUUUCGUCUGUCCGUGGUAUGCUAUAUCGCAAGCCAUGA